UUAUAUGAACAGUUGAUAUAUUUUGAGUUCUCAUUUAGUGAACAUCAUCCCUUUUUAACCGAGAAAUAAGAAGAAGAGGUAAAGGAAAAAAAGAAAAAGAAAAAAAGAAGAAGCAAUGGAGGAGCUAGACAAAGCAUCAAUUGGUAAUCUGAAUGUACAUUCAGUUGUUCAAAAUUAAUAGAUUUACCAAAUUAUUAAUUAAAUAUAAUUUUAAACAUUCAAUUAUCAAAUUUGAAUAGUCACAGUAGAUUGUGUAAUUAUCCAAAAGAAUAAAAAAGUAAAUGAUGGUUCACCUGUGCUGCGCCAAUGUUAAGCUAAGAAAAGGCAUGAAGAAAGAGAGCCCAGUGAGCCGCUGGAUUAGUAGAGAAGAAUCUGAGCGCCGCUUGAUACAAACAAACAAUCAUUUAUCUGCACUAACUGUAAUAUUUCUUUCCUCUGUAUUAUUAUUAAUUUUGUUACUAUUGUCCUCUAUUCCUCUGUUUUUCCAACUUUCAAAUCAAACAAUCAGCAAAACUAGCAGCGAUCAAUGGGAUUUAGAAUCCUCUGCAAAUCCAAUCUACUCGCUACGCUCUCUUCCCGCCAUAAAACCCUUCUCAUUCAAUCCCUUAAUUCUCACCUCCUCGAUUCUUCUUCUACUAGAACCCCUAAAAGGUGGCAUUUUGGCCAUUCUCAUUCCCACUCCGAUCACCACCACCGCCACAAUCACCCCGCUUCCGGCGAAAAAGGUGAAAAUAUAUUUCGUUUGGGCCUCGCCGCUGAUAUUGGAUUAGCUGCUGGAAAAACUUUGACUGGUUAUUUGUCUGGAAGCACUGCGAUUAUCGCUGACGCUGCACAUUCGGUCUCUGAUGUGGUCCUAAGUGGAGUUGCAUUAUGGUCCUUCAAAGCUGGGAAUGCUCCUAGAGAUAAAGAACAUCCAUAUGGGCAUGGGAAAUUUGAGUCUUUAGGAGCCCUUGGGAUUUCUUGCAUGCUUUUGGCAACUGCUGGUGGUAUUGCUUGGCAUGCUUUAGAUCUUCUUAUUGGUUUGCUGUCUGCAUCUCCUGAAGUAGCAAACCAUUCUCAUGUGCAUAGUCACGGUCAUGGUGGAAAUCAUCAUGGAAUCAACAUGGAUCAUCCUAUACUUGCAUUGAGCAUGACGGUUGUAUCAAUAUCUGUAAAAGAAGGGCUUUACUGGAUAACAAAGCGAGCUGGGGAAAGGCAAGGCAGUGGACUUAUGAAAGCAAAUGCAUGGCAUCAUCGUGCUGAUGCUAUUUCUUCUGUUGUUGCACUUAUUGGGGUUGGGGGCUCCAUUCUUGGGAUUAGGUUUCUAGAUCCUCUCGCUGGACUUCUUGUUUCAGGCAUGAUCCUGAAAGCUGGACUGGAAACUGGGUACCAGAGUGUCUUGGAACUGGUAGAUGCUGCAAUUCCAGCAGAACAUUUGGAUCCUAUAAAGCAAACAAUACUACAAGUUGAAGAUGUCAAGGGAUGCCAUCGUUUGAGAGGAAGGAGGGCUGGUUCAUCUUUACACCUGGAUGUGCAUAUUGAGGUUGAUCCUUUUCUUAGUGUUAGUGCUGCCCAUGAAAUUGGUGAAAAGGUUCGUCAGGAAAUUCACGAGUCCUAUCCUGAAAUAGCUGAAGUCUUUAUACACAUAGAUCCUGCAUAUUUACACUUCUCAUCAAAUGUAGAAGGAACAGCAGAUCAGGAUAGAUAUAUCUCUUUGGAUGACAAAGACAUUGCAAUGAUUAUUUCCAAUACUUUUUUGUCAAAGUUCCCAGAGAAAAUGGAGGUUGAGCGCAUUACACGCCACUUUUUGCAACAAAAAGUAUUACUGGAAAUGGAGGUAUCCUUGCCCCCUGACAUUUUAAUAGGGGACGCAAUGGUAGUAGCAGAAAAAGCAGAAAAGGAAAUCUUGAAGGUAGCCUCUGAUAUAAUUCAAGUGAGCAUUCAGCUAAGAUUGGGCAAUCCAGUUCCAAAGUUUGGCUUCAAAUAAUAAACAAUAGUAAAGCGAACUGUAGAACACAGUGACUAUAUAGAAUAACGGGAUAGCAAUGCACUAAGUAGACCGGUAUACCUUUAGUUCAAGAUUCUUCAGUUUAAUUUGAAAUUAUUGGCAUCCUUUAUUGUCUCGUUCUUUAUGACUUUUCAAGUCAAGAGUAGUAAAUGGGCACAAGCUUGGUAUUAAGCUGUUAAUAUGAGAUUUCAGUAUUAGUUGA